AUGUACAAACUAGUAGUACUUCUGGUCGCGCAGAUCUUCGCGAUUCUGACAUUUUCAGCAGGGUUUUUCCCUCAGAAGUCCGUUUCGAAGGGGGACGCUUGGUUUACCUAUCGACCAGAUAUCCAUGAGCAGAUUGAACCACGAUUUGGAAAGCUGAUAUUGGUUGUUGUUGAUGCUUUAAGAUCUGAUUAUCUAUUUAACGCCGAAAUGAGUCAGUUCAGCUUUGUACAUGAGCUACUGAAUAAGGGACAUGCGUGGGGUUACACCACAUACGCAAAUCCCCCAACCGUAACGCUGCCGAGACUUAAGGGAAUAACUACAGGAUCCACGCCAAACUUUCUGGAUGCAAUUUUGAAUGUUGCUGGGGACGAUUCAUCUUCUAGCUUGAAAGAUCAAGAUUCGUGGUUGCGCCAAUUUCACACUCAUCACAAAAAGAUCAACUUUUUUGGAGAUGACACCUGGCUGAAACUCUUUCCCGAAGAGUACUUUGGUGAGAUCGAUGGAACCAAUUCCUUCUUCGUGAGCGACUUUGAAGAGGUGGAUCUGAACGUUACACGACAUCUGCCACGCCAGUUGGCUUCACAAGCAUCGUGGGAUGUCCUGAUCCUUCAUUAUUUGGGUCUCGACCAUAUUGGUCAUAAAGGAGGCGCCUUUUCAAGUUUUAUGCCGCCAAAACAUCGUGAAAUGGACUCGGUUAUCCAGCAAAUCUACGAGGCUGUUGAUGAGGAUACUCUUCUCUGUGUGAUGGGUGAUCAUGGCAUGAAUGAUAUGGGGAAUCAUGGGGGAUCAUCUGCAGGAGAGACCGCUGCAGGGCUGGUAUUGAUAUCAAAGAUGCUCGGAAAAUUCGAAAAACCUGCUCGGCAGAAAAAUGUGGAACUUCCAUUGAAAGUAAAGAGUGAUGAUUACAAAUAUUUGACGUCUAUCAAUCAAAUCGAUUUAGUUCCUACAAUCGCAACGGUUUUCAAUUUCCCCAUUCCUAAGGACAGCAUUGGUGUUGUUAUUCCUGACAUUUUACAACUAUUCUCCCCACAAGAGGCUCGCGUCAAGCUGUUGGAUAACUAUUAUCAGCUAACUGGCUCCACCGACAAACGUAAUGAAGCAUAUGAGAACAUCUUUCCGGUGAUAGAAGAGAUGAGAUCAAUUCAAAACGACCUGGCCAAAGUAGCUACCGAUUACAAUUACUAUUUGUUGGGAGUUGGCCUACUGGUUCUUGUUGCCGUCACUUCGGUGGUACUCAUUGAAUGUGUGAAACACUCGACGUCUUAUUUUGAACUUUUACCUACUUUCGCAACCACUUUCUUGUUGAGUUUGAGUACCUUUGGAAGCAGUUUUGUCGAGGAAGAGCAUCAAUUAUGGUGGUGGGGGUCUAUAGCUCUCGCUGCGAGUUCAUACAUCAAGGUGCCACGCGAGAUCCUUUGCCAUGUACUUAUCCUCUCAGGACUGAGGCUCAUCCGUGGAUGGAAUAACAGUGGUCAAAAGUAUGUUUACGAAUAUACCAUGUCUGAGCUUUUAAAGUGCCAUCAUCAAUGGCUGUGGGUUCUUAACACGAUCACAAUAUUUUCGACACAAUUAAGUGGCCAAAGCGAACACCUGGUCACCCAAAUGACUGCAUUAUUUGUUUCUUCACUCAGUCUUGUCUACAAAGCUGCAUGGAGCAUCACGAAUGGCGAACCUGUGCCCUUUUGGCUUCAAAAAAUAUGUUUCCAAACGCUAGGUAGCGGAGGCGAUGACCCUGUGGAACAGAUAAAGCAAAACCUUGUGCCCACCGCUAGGCUGCUCUUUUUUGCUGUAUUCGUUUUAAUUUUAAUUGAGAUAGCCCGCCAAAGGAUCAGUUCAAGAGGUGACAGCAGAUUUUUUGCUCGAAUCCAUUCUUUGACUACGGCCAUAAUGAUUUUGCAAACCUCGAGCACCAACAUUCCACAGUAUCUCAUUUUCGGCUUCAUAGCAGCUGCUAUUGAAACUCUGUGGUCGAAAUAUUAUGGGACAAGUAUUUUCCUCCUAAUGAACGUUGGCCUCGUACUGCAACAUUUGACAUUUUUCCAGUUCGGAAGCACAAACUCCAUUGCAACAGUUGACCUGACUAAUGCAUACAACGGCGUCUCCGAAAACUACAACAUUCACAUCGUAGGGCUACUAAUGUGCCUGGCCAACUUUGCACCGUCGAUUUACUGGUCCCUGGCGUGCCUACGCGCCUUGUAUGCAAAGAAGCGAGCAUCAUCCAAAUGGGAGACUUUCGGCCGGUCCCGUUUGCCUGCGCUGUUAUUCUACUGUAUUUUCGGGUGCUUCUUAUUGGCGUCCUGCGUGAUCCAGCGUUACCACUUGUUCAUUUGGAGCGUGUUUAGUCCGAAAUUGUGCUACUACGUUAGUUGGAACUUGUUUAUGAAUGCCAUAAUUAGCUGGUCUUUUGAAAGCGUGCUAGUGGCAUUAUACUAA